AUGGGGUUUAUUAAACUAUUGGCGGGUGAAUAUCUACUGGUUAUCACCGAGAGAGAGUCAAUAGGCUCCAUUCACGACAAGAAUAUCUUUCGUGUGGGCGCUUUUCAGAUACUUCCUCUAGCUCGUAAUUUAGAUAAGCUUACAGAAGAAGAGAAAUCACGAGAACAAUACUAUGUCAACUUGCUGGAAUCACAUCUUCGAACGAAUACGUUUUACUUUUCUUACGACUAUGACUUGACUCAAUCCAUGCAAAGACAGCUUCAGUUGAAUUCAAAUGAUCCUUUAUAUAAAAGAGCAGAUGAACGUUUUUUUUGGAAUAGAUUUGUAUCAUCCAAGUUAAUAGACUCUGAAUUAGACUUAUCUGAAUACAUUUUGCCUGUCAUGCAAGGAUUUAUAGAGAUGAAUCCAUGCAGUUUGAAUGGCAAAUCUUUCACUUGGGGAAUCAUCACACGUAGAAGCAGAUAUAGACCUGGCACACGUUACUUUUCUCGUGGAAUUGAUGAAAAUGGUCAUGUAUCUAACUUUGUAGAAACAGAACAGUUUGUCUUGCAUGAAAACAAACAACUAUCUUAUGUACAGACAAGAGGAUCGAUUCCUGUCUAUUGGGCUCAAAUCAUCAAUCUCAAGUACACACCCAAACUUUGGAUUGGUGAAACUCGAAAGAGUUUGGCUGCUGCUCGUAUGCACUUUGAUGAGCAGAUUCGCAUCUAUGGACCACAAAUCUUGGUCAAUUUGAUCAACAAGAAAGGAUACGAGCUUCCUAUGGGUCAAGCCUAUGCUCGUACGGUAGAACAGCUGAAUGAUCCUCGUAUUCAUUAUAUUCAUUUUGAUUUCCAUGCUGAAUGCUCCAAAAUGCGUUGGCACCGUAUUAACCUGCUGCUAGAUCAGUUAAAAGAUAAACUGGUGGAACAAGGUUAUACAUACGUUGUUAACCCAGGAAGCUCUAAUCAAACUGUGAAGCAAACACAGACCUCAGUCAUUCGUUCCAACUGUAUGGAUUGCCUGGAUCGCACUAACGUAGUUCAGAGCACCAUUGCUCGCUGGAUUUUGAAUCGUCAGUUGCGUGAUCUUGAGAUUCUGACGCCUGAUCAGCUCUUGGAGGAUCAACAAGAACUGAUGAACACUUAUAGAAAUGUCUGGGCCGAUAAUGCAGAUGGUGUAAGUUGUGUUUAUUCCGGCACGGGUGCUCUCAAGACUGAUUUCACAAGAACUGGAAAGCGUACAAAAGUCGGAGCACUCAAGGACUUGGAAAAUUCCAUUGUUCGUUAUUGCAAGAAUAACUUUAUGGAUGGCUCUCGUCAGGACUCAUUUGAUCUAUUUCUUGGUAGAUACCGUCCAGACGGUAAGCCUGUCCAAAAAGAAGAUCAAAGAUCACUUCGUAUCCGAGUUGUACCUUAUAUCAUGCUGUUUGCUCUCUUUAUGUUGAUCAUAAACAUCGUGAACCCAAGCUAUUCUGGCUUCCAAUCCAUCACGUCCUACGUCCUUCUUCUUUUAUUUUGGAUUUCUGUAUUAAUCUCUGGUGCACGCUUUGCCAUUCAACAUGGAGAUCAAUUCGUUCAAUGGCCUCGUCUACUUGAACUACCUUCCACUGAAGAAAUUGAAGAAAUACCUACGAUGACCGAGAAAGAAGGUACGAUGGCUCCCCCUGAUAUUUCAAACGAUCUUUUAUAA